UCAUGCAAAUUGGUCGCUUUUCUCGUUUGUUGAGGCUUGAAGUUUUGCGCGAAAGAACAGACUUCUGCAAGAUUGUUUGAACCGAAGAUAAUGGCUGUGCAAUUUUGGUUCAUGUUUGUUUGUACGGCGCUGUAUUUCUCAUCAGGUCGAUCAAUGAAGUGCUAUACCUACACAUGUCAAAACUUCACCAACACAGGCUACCCGACAUGUUCCCCGCCUAAAGCUAUCACGUGCGCUMAGGACCAUGACUCUCUUGUACCACCCAACCGCUGUGUAAUUCAGAGGAUAUCCGCUGAGCUCAAAGGUACUAUAGUUCACGAAGAAAUACGKGGAUGUGCAGAUAACUUGAAGUGUCGAUCAAAUCAACUGUGUAAGCAGGCCAGAAAGUAUGGGAAUAUAAAACACUGUGAAGCCCUUUGCUGUGAAGGAAAUCUUUGCAACCGCGAGGGACCGGUAGYUAGGCAUAUUGCGGCUGAUCCGAUGUCUCCCUCAGGUGCAGACUUGUCGUGCUACGCAUGCUCCACAGCCAAUGAACCAGGCAUACCACCAGCAAUCAACUGCAGCCAUCCAAUCAAACAACAGUGUGGAGAAGAUCCGCUGACCACGGAUAAACAAGAUCGCUGUGUCACCAUCACAAUGUCUUCACGUGACGGGCUCGGGAAUUCUCUUUACCAAGAAAUGCGCCAUUGUGCGUCUGAAUACUACUGUAGUCACGGAUUCUGCGUCCAUGCCAACGUCUCAGGAUCGCUGACGUCAUGCAAUGCUAAAUGUUGCUAUGGAAACAUAUGCAAUAACGACGGUAUGACCACAGCUUCGACUCCGACAUUAAAAUCGACGAAGCAAAGAGAGGUUCUUGCACGACAAGGAGCCGAUUUUUCGACAGUGGGAGCGAUAACGAAACGUAAAUCUAGUAAAAGUGCGCGCUGGGAAAUGGCAAAAACCGUUCUGUUUCCCUUUGCUUUUCUUUCGAUAGUUUUUUUUACUUAAACUUACUUUGAAAAUAUUAGUCAUGGUCAUAAUUGCGAAGUGAGACAUGAAAAUGGCUUUCAUAGUGUUAAGUCAUACAAAUGCAACAGAAAUGAGCUAUAGAAAUAUAUAAACUAUAUCAAACUUAUCUUACAAUACAAUUUGACAUAUUU